AGUAUUUCAAAAGAAAGUGUGAGACUCUGACGCAAUUAUAGCGGCUUUUGAUGGGCACAGACCUUUUUUGAUUUUUUUUUUUUUUUGAGAGCUAUGUUUUCGUUCAUGUCGAGUCCUUCUCUGACUCCAAUUCAGAACUGAGAGAUCCACAAUGUUGGACGGACUUCUCGGCCGCGGCUUUGGCUCCAAAUGUAAGUCGUUGGUUAAAUUGACCAAGACUCGGAUCGAUGUGAUUCGGAGGAAGAGAAAGGCGACUGAGAAGUUUCUGAAGAAAGACAUCGCCGAUUUGCUUGCCAAUGGCCUCGACAUCAAUGCUUAUCAGAGGGCUGAUGGGCUUCUUGUCGAGUUGGUGCUUUCUUUCUGCUAUGAUUAUGUUGAGCUAUCAUGUGAUUUCGUGUUGAAACAUCUUUCAAUAAUCCAAAAACAGAGGGAAUGCCCUGAGGAUUGUAGGGAGGCUGUGUCAUCCCUAAUGUCUGCUGCUGCAAGAUUUUCAGAUUUGCCAGAAUUACGUGAUCUUAGGCAAAUAUUUCAAGAGAGAUAUGGGAAUUCCCUGGACUUAUUUGUGAAUCAAGAGUUUGUUCAGAAUUUGACUCCAAAGCCAUCUACAUUGGAGAAGAAAGUUCAAUUAAUGCAAGACAUAGCACUAGAGUUUUCAAUAGUAUGGGAUUCCAAGGCUUUUGAGAAGAGGAUGUCUAUGCCCCCCACAAAUGUAAAGGUGCAACCUAAAAUCUAUGGCUCUUUCAACGUCACUGUUGAUGAAAAUAAGUCAUAUAGUGGUAUGGGAACCAUCCCAAGAGGAGAGAAGCCUGAUGUUUCAUUUAAAGAAAGAAGUGAACUUACUAAUGGGCGUGGGUUGUGCAAUGGCCAUGAGGGUACUGUAUUAGAAAGAGAGCUGGACUCUCGGUCUAGACAUGAACUUUCUGGUAAGGAUUACAAGGGGCCCAAUGGCAGAGAACGAACUAUCCUAGAAAAGGAUGGUUAUCAUCCUUCAUACCAAGGACGGCAAGAGGUUGCCGAUAUCGGACACGAAGCACGGAAUUUUAAAGGUGAUGCCACCCCGAAAUCUUUUAGAUCUGGCACUUCAUCUCGAGGAAAUCGAGGAAAGCAAGUGGAAGUCAUUGAUGGUGGACCCAGGUUGCUUAUUGGUAGGGAGAAUACCUCCCCCAGAAGAGACUACCCAGGACCUUUACUUCAUGGUCAUCCAGAAAUUUCUCAUAGUUGUGCAGGACAGCAGUCGAAGGGCAAUGGCAAAGAAUUGUUAGCUGGUAAUAAUCAUGCUGGUCAACAUGAUAUUACAAACUCAGUGAAGAAAUUUGAGGAGGAUGUAGUUCACAGUGUGAAGCCCCACUAUAAUAAUGCCAUCCCUCCUCCUUAUGUUAAGCCUAAAGCAAAGGCUAGCAAAUCUGGACACAAUUUAGGAUCUUCACCUGCUGGUUUUGACAGCAAUGUAGCCCUUACUGACCCUCCAACACGCAACAAAGGCAAUGAGGGUAGCACUUCAGAGAGGAUCCAAUUAGGAUCAUAUCAUUCUGUCCACGAGAGGCAGGUUGUUGGAACUGCAAGCGUGAAUGGUCACGGUCAAGAGAAAGAUCAACUUUAUCAGGAUGGUGUAGCUGGUAACUCAAUACCAAAACCAAGAUCAGCCCGAAGGAGACACACAAAACCACAUCCCGAGUACAAUGAUGCUGGCUAUGUUGAAGAUACAGGGCUUGUUGCAAGAAAAUCAAGAAGCAAGGCAAGGGACCACUCAAGACGUGGUUUGCAAGUUUUGUUUGAUGAUGAGCACUGUCAGAAAGAUGAAGAGGAAAGGAUAUUGGACAAACUGCUGAUGCAGUAUAGUAAGACACCGUCACCUUAUGAACCAGGAAGGGUGAGAAAGUCUAAAUCUCGUCGGUCACAUCAAGUAAGCACUGAUGUGAGUGUAUCCCCACUGACUAGCAGAGAUGUGCAUGAUGAAAAGCCAGAGAUGGUUCCUCCGCCUCGGUCAAUUUCUCUACCUCAUGAACAUAGAGAGCAAUCAGAGGCAGCCAAAGUGUUUUCUCGUGCUGCUUCAUUUCAGCCUGAUAGGUCAAACGCAGCUCGGCAUGUGCAUCCUAAGCUGCCAGACUAUGAUGAUUUGGCUGCCAGGUUUGCGGCCCUUAAGGGUAGGUAAAGGGGAUGAACAUGCAGAUUCUCUUUAUCAGCGCGGGUUCAACCAUUCUAAACUUGCCGCUUUUGUUUCCCAUCGUGCAUUUGGUUCUGGCAUAGAAGAAAAGUAGCAUGGCUACACUCUUCAUAAUUGGAUCACCUUACAAGCUUGGCUUUGUUGUUGCAUUUAUGCUACUGAGUAUAGCUCUAGUGUAUGGCUGGGAUUGCUGUUUUCUGAAGUGAAUGGAUGGACAAUUGCAUCUAUAGUUCACAUAUUUUGGUACAGGUCCUGACCUAUUAUUGGUUGUGAGAGUUGUAACAAUGCUGUGUAGCUUCAAAUACCAGAGAUUUUAUUGUGUUUCGAUAGAGGUUGGGGAUUGAGAUUGCCUACAAAAAAAAAAAAAAAAAAAAAACGAUGCUCAAGAGUUCCACUGUCAAAGGCGAAGACUUGUUUCAUGGUUAACUAAUUAUAAUUUCAGUUUCGUUUGAGCUA